AUGUGUGCUGUGUGUGAAUCCGGAGUGUUCGCUCACAUCGGUCCCGGGCUGAAGGCCAUGGCGAUCCUCAACUGCCUGCUGGCCCGGCAGCUGUGCUUCGAAGACGCCUCCUGCUCCGCCAUCCUCGAGAUCAUCCCGCGCGUCUGUGGAUCCGAACUUGUUGCCUGCUCGACUGUGACCGUGACGAAAUGCCAAGCUGCCCUGAAGACCCUGCAAGCGUUCCCGUUCUUCAAGCCGACCUGCCUCUGCCGGGAACCGAACGUGGAUCCUGAGUGUAACUCCUUCCGCGACUUCCUGUUCGACCAUCCCUGCGUUUUCGUCAUGAAGAAGGAGAAAGACCCGUACCCAGUGGAGACCCUGCCGACCUGCACCUAUGCCCUGAGCGUCUGCCACAACGAGAAGGCCUGUUCCGUGCUCUUCGACCGGUUCAAGAAUGCUUGCAAGGCUCGCGACGGAGAAUGCCGUAUGGAUGACAGGGAAGCGUGCCGCGAAGCCUGGGCUGGUCUCCGGCUCUCGCCACUCUUCGGUUGCAUCUGUCCCAACACCCACAUGAAGAAGCGAUGCGACAGGAUCUUUGCGGUGGUCAACCACAACCCCUGCGUUGAAAGGAUUGCGAAAGAGAACGGUAAAUCAGGUGAUGAGAAGGUGGCGCUGCAGUCAACGUGCCACGUGGCCCUGGACUCUUGUAUCAAGGAUGGGGAGUGCAUGACGUCACUGACGCCGGUGCUGCAGAAGUGUCAUUCCAUGGAGUGCGACAGAGAGGGAUGCAUGGCGGCCCUCCGAGGCUUCUACAGGAAGCAGGGCGUGAGGUGGAACACCGAGAUCGCGUUCUGCCUUUGCAAGAAAACUGACAACCGCGAGGACUCCUGUAUGAAUGCGCAAGAGCGUCUCCAUCCGUCGUGCGCGCAGCGACCCCCCGUUGGGUCUCCCCUGCCCGCCUGCCAUACCCUGGCCCAUGCCUGCCGCGAAGACCCUGAGUGCAGGAUCCGUCUCGAGAACUAUGAGCAAUGGUGCGCUGUGGAUGCCGUGACUCAAGGCUGUGCUGGAUCCCCUGCAGCCUGUCGGGCUGCAGUGGUGGCCGUACUAGGCACCCAGCUGAGAGCGGCCUGUGCCUGCCGUGGCACUGACUUUGCCCAGCUCUACGACUGCCUGGGCUGGCAGAGGCUGUUGUGGCUGAACCCUUGCGUUGUGGAAUCCCAAAGCGACUACCACGUGAAGACCUACGGCUCCCUGAUGACGACCACCGUGGCCGAGAUCGGCAUCAACUACAUGACCGUACCGCCAGAGAAUGCCAUCAUCCACCGCACUACCACCCACCACAACCGGCACACCACCCACCGUGGUAGCUCCAGGGUCAUUGAGAAGGAGGACAACCGCGAGCCGCCCAGCACUACCCAAUCCGAGCAGACUGCGGAACCAAAGAGUCAGCAGAUCUCCGAGCCUAUCAUUGAAACCACCACCGAGACCACAACGGUCGCGACCACGACCACGACUCGCCCGACGAAGUACUGCAUCGUGAAGAAGCCGGAGAGUGAUGAUCAGGCGCAGUAUAUCAAGAUGGGGGAAACGAGACGGCUGUACCGUUCCGCGGAGCUGGCCGAAUGUACAGACCUGUGCGUCUGCGAGGCGUCGCUUCAAGUAUCCUGCAAGGUGGCCUGCGUCCCCCGAGCGCCUUGCUCGUCCCGACUUGCCCACUACUCGCACGCUGCUCCGGCGUAUCAGGCGUACAGGGGACGUUGUUACUGCUAUUCUGGGUCGUUUAUCUGCAUGAGACCGAAUCCUGGUGAAUACAAGCUGCCCGAAGGCGUGUACUUGCUGCUGGGCUUCAGCGCGGUAGACGAGGCUCUGCUGCGCCCGCACACCGGGCUCGGCGCUGAAGAUGCUGUCCGUCUACUCCAGCAGUAUCUGUAUACUGUGCACAAUGAUGGGACAAACUGCACUCUGACCCUGUUCAACAUCAGCAACGAGAACGUGAUCAUCUCGGCGAGCGUCCCGCAGAGGGAACAGGAGUCCCUCCGGGAGGCUGGCGAAGCUUUACUGGAUCGGGAGAAGGAGGAAUGUAUUGACGUCCUGAAAGAGGUCAAGACCAGGAUCAACACCCAACACGAAGAUAUCUCCUCUCACCUACUUCUCUCUAUCUUCAAGAUCGCUGAAGUGGACGUGGUCUACCCCGCACCCCCUAGCUCGGCCAUCACCAGCCAUCGGCCUCAAAGCCUCCUUUACCUCUUCAUCAUCCUCAUCACCAUCCUAUACAACCUCGAAUUCAUCAUCCCCGCCGACAAAAUCGUCAAUUUUAUAUCGAAUUUAUUCGAUUAUAUAACAACUUCGAACGUCGUUCCUUUCUUUAACGAGAGAUAUAAUAUUUUGAACUUUCUAUCUAUUUUGAACGAAGAAUUUACUGAAAUUAUAUAUGUACAAACAUCGCACGAUGCACACGCUUAUGUAAAUGCACAAAACGAAACUAUCACCGAAGUUAAAGUAGAUGUAAGUGAUCUAGAUGUAAAUAUUUAUAAGGAAAUGAUACAUAUCAUAAAAGCUGUGAAUAUUACAAUAUUUGAUAAUUUUAAAAAACUUGUUGCUGAUGCAAUUAUACUUAAAUAUUUUUCUAGAGACGUGUACUAUGAGAUUGGAUGUACUAUUACUGUACUGCUUUUUUAUUUCUUUGUUGAGAGAGCGUCCUCUUCUAGAGUUGAACUUGAGUCCGAUAGCCUAGGUCUGAAAUUAGUAGUAGUUUGAAGACUGAAGAUUAUGAACUAAAC